GAACGGCUGCGAGACAGCCUUCAGCGAGAGCUCGUUGACACGCAGGCCCAGCUGGCUGCGAUGACCGCAAAGAGCCAGGAGCUAGCAAAUGAGCUGACCGUCUACAAGGAUGCAGAGGCCUCGAUGAAGAAGCAGAGCGCCGCUUUCGCCAAGUCGAGGGGUCGCAUCUUGAACGUGCAGAAGAGCUCGGAGGAUGGCAGUGAAAGCUCCCUGGAGGACUUCUUUGCCCGGAUGCUUCCAGACCUGGUGCAGCACUUGACCAAGGAGAUGAAAGAUCAGUCCCUGAAGAACCAGUUCACGCCAAUUGUCAAGUCGCUUCACCAGCGCCGCCCUCGGGCAGCUGUCUCGA